GAGGACUAUUUAAGGAAUUAUCCAAUCGAAAUUAAUUGCAGUUGAGAGUCCGCUUUCAAGAAAAUGAAGCCCACAAUUGUUGCAUGCUUGGUAUUUUCCCUUUUGGGAUUUUCCAAUUUCAUUAAUGCAGCAUCAAUUCCUUCUAAUGCUGCGGCGUCACUUCCUUUUGAUGAAGAGUCAGUUCCUUCCAAUGCUGAAAGAAUCCCGUCAUUUGGCAGAAUUGUAGGAGGCUCAGAGGUUGAUAUAAGCGAUUAUCCUUAUCAGGUUGCUCUGCUGUAUUCUUCCUCUCAAAUUUGUGGUGCAUCAAUUAUAAGCCAUUCGUGGAUUCUUACAGCUGCACAUUGUAUUACAUCGAAUACCGUUUCGCGAUACUCCAUCCGCGCAGGAUCGAACUACCGAUACUCCGGUGGCGUUACAAGAGCGGCUGGCAACAUUUACGUUCAUGGAAGCUACACUAGUGCAAGCUCUUCUGGCUACGAUAUUGCACUCAUAGCGUUACAAUCUGCUUUGACGUUUGGAGGUACAAUUAAUGCAGUUGAUUUGCCGUCACCAAACGUUAAUAUUCCUUCCGGCACCAAUGCUGUAACAACUGGAUGGGGAGAUACUGUAGAAGACGGAAAUGGAAGUUCCCGACUUCGAGGUGUUACCGUACCAAUUGUCACUAAUAAUGAGUGUCGUAGCAGCUAUGGAAAUAGAAUAACCUCUACCAUGCUCUGUGCAGGUUUAACUUCUGGAGGUCGUGAUGCUUGCCAGGGUGAUUCCGGCGGUCCAUUAGUAGCAAGUGGUUAUGGUCAAGUUGGUAUUGUCUCUUGGGGACGUGGAUGCGCCCGUCCUAAUUACUACGGUGUGUAUUCUCGCGUUCCUGCUCUUCGCAACUGGAUCACCACAGUAACGAUAUCCUCUAAUAAACCCAGUACCUAUCACAGUUUUACCAACAUCAUGAAAAAGACAGUAUUUAUUCUUUACUUUUUACCUUUAAUUUUGGGAUUUACAGUAGAAAAUCUUAAAACAACAGCUCCAUUGCUCAAUGGUAGAAUCGUUGAAGGUUGGCCAAUUGCCAUAGAUGUGGUGCCUUAUCAAGUUUCACUUGCAUUUUACAACUAUCAUUUGUGCGGUGGAUCAAUUAUUUCUGCCCAAUUGAUUCUUACAGCCGCCCAUUGUAUCAAAUGGAGGUUUAUUUCACUAUAUUCAAUCCGUGCCGGAUCUUCCAUUCGCAGCUUGGGUAUACAAGUGGGCGCUGCUAAAGUGUAUAAGCACGAAAAAUUCAACCCUGCUUCGUUAGACUAUGAUAUCGCAAUAAUUUUAUUGCAGUCUCAUCUCGGCAUUCAAAAAGGAAUUCAGCCGGUUUCUUUAGCGCCCGCUAACAUCGAAAUUCCUGACGGUACAGCAGCAGUUGUGACGGGAUGGGGAAGUAUGGUAGAAAAUGGCACAAUAUCGACAUAUUUGCAGGCCGUUUCUGUACCAAUUGUGUCUCGAAAUGUUUGUAAAGAACGGUACGGCGCACAUAAAAUCACCGAAAAUAUGAUAUGCGCAGGUUAUAGCGAAGGAGGUCGUGACUCAUGCCAGGGUGAUUCCGGAGGACCAUUAAUCGCUCACGAUUAUGGUCAAAUUGGUAUAGUGUCAUGGGGUUAUGGAUGCGCACGUGCUGGUUCCUACGGCGUUUACACUAACGUGCCAGUUCUUCGAAAAUGGAUCACGAACAUUACCGGAAUAUAAAUAAUGUUUCCCAUAUUUAAUAAGGUAAAUUAUGAACGAAACAUGUCAAUACGAAAUGAAAAAGAAGCUGAAAAAAGUUUUAUUCUUUUUUGGUUCGUGAAAACAGCAAAUAGACAAAUAAAUAUUUUAAAACUA